AUGUCGCAUGAAAAGAAUAUCAGGAAAAAGCCCAAACGUUUUCCGGUAUCACCUAACUCAGUUUCACAGUAUUUAAAUUUUUUAGGCGAUGGUAUUACAAUUAAUGGGGCAGCUGGUAUUUUUGUUGCUAGCAGUUCAGGAAAUCUCUAUGUAGUUGAUAAUAAUAAUAAUCGUGUGCUACGAUGGUCACCGGGCGCAAAUCCUAGUACCGGUGGUGUACUUGUGGCUUCUGAUACUCUGAAUGGUCCACUUGCUGUUGUAGUUACUGCAAACGAACAAACACUGUUUGUAGCUGAUAGCAAUAGCAAUUCUGUUAAAAAGUUUACCCUUGGUACUAACAGCGCUACGAUAUUCGCUGGGAAUGGAACAGUAGGUUCUGGCCCUUACCAGUUAAAUGGUCCAACAGGCUUAGCUUUGGAUUCAACUGAGCAAUAUUUAUACGUAGUCGAUGGGAACAAUAACCGAAUCCAGAGAUUUUUUAUUCCAAGCUGUUAA